AUGUCUAAUUUAAAUCUUGAUUUUCAAGCAUCAGCCCAAAAUAUUCGGGAGUACAUUGAUAAUGAGACACUGUUCGACCUUUUUGAAGCUGAUGCAUUACAAGAAAUCCUUGAUCUAAGUUCAUUAAACGUUUCCGAAUUCCAAAGUUUGGUUAAACUCGGUAGUGAGAAAUAUAAAUCAGGUAAACUCUAUCCAGUCAUUAAAGGAGUUAAGAUUUCAGAUAAACCAGAACCUAAAAAUGCAAUUUUGCUUCUUCAGAUUAUUCGUAAAAAGCUUCACUUCAAAGCAUUAGAUUUGGCAAUCAAAUGUCUUGAAAACAGUCAAACAUUGUCUAAUCAAAUCAAUCAAAUCAAGCUCCAACUUAAUUCAAACCCUGAAAAUGCAAUGAAAGCAUUUGGAUUCACUGAUUUCGAAAGUGUUUACAAGCAUUUCGAAACUCUUUGUGAUAAAGAUGAUAUAACAUCAAUCCGUCUUUGUUGCAUUGCUGGUUUAAGCGAAGUCAGAGACACGAAAUCUGGUAGAACUAUUCUUAUUUAUUCUGCAUAUAAGGGCAAUGGUAAACUUGUUCGAUAUCUUGUUGAAGGAGGCUGCAAUUUGAAUGCAGUCAACAACAAUGGGAACAAUGCAGUUAUUGUUGCUGCUGGUUUCAGUGAUGUGGAAACUGUAAAAUUUUUAAUUGAAAGUGGAUUAGACAAAAAUUCACGCAGUGAGAAAUUUGGAUUAUAUCCAAUAACUAAUGCUUGCUGGGGAGGUAAUGUUGAUAUCAUUAAAUAUCUUCUUUCUAUUGGAUGUGAUGUAAACUCAGUUGAUAAUGACAAAAAAUCAUGUUUGCUGACAGCAGCAGCUAAUGGUAAUUUAGAUGCAGUGAAAUUAUUAAUUUCUCUUGGUGCUGAUAAGAACAUGAAGGACAAAUAUGGUAGUAAUGCAAUUGUUCUUGCAUCAAUUAACGGUCAUACAGAAAUUAUUAAAUAUCUUCAUUCUAUUGGAUUUGAUGUAAACUCAGUUGAUAAUGAACAAAUUUCAUGUAUGCCUAAUGCCGCAAGUAACGGUAAUUUAGAUGCAGUAAAAUUAUUAAUUUCUCUUGGUGCUGAUAAGAAUAUGAAGGACAAAUAUGAUAGAAAUGCAAUUGUUCUUGCAUCAAUUAACGGUCAUACAGAAAUUAUUAAAUAUCUUCAUUCUAUUGGAUUUGAUGUAAACUCAGUUAGUUGUGAUCAUCACUCAUGUUUGCUGAUGGCGGCAAAUAAUGGUCAUUUAGAUGCAGUAAAAUUAUUAAUUUCUCUUGGUGCUGAUAAGAAUAUGAAGAAUAAUUAUGGUAAUAAUGCAAUUGCUCUUGCUUCAAAUAAUGGUCAUACAGAAGUUGUUAAAUAUCUUCAUUCUAUUGGAUUUGAUGUAACCUAA